AUGGAUCCUUCACUUCUGGCGAGCACGUCGUCCUUCGGUGAAGCAAUAUCAGAUCGUUUGACUGUCAGUUGUCCUCCCGAACCUUGUGCAUCCUCGGAUGCAGAACUACCCGAUGAUGCUCCGAUUCUGAGUAACGAAGUUGAGCCACUGCCUGAUUACAACCAUGUUAUACAUACUGAACUACCUCCGUUCAAAAAGGAGCGACCAGAAAGACCGGGAGAGAUCGAAGAUGAAAGAUCUACUUCAAGUCGUGCAUGCAGUACCUUACUGGAAGAAGGAGCAGAGGAUGAAGAAGAAGCGAUCCCUGAAACCGAUCGUUUUGGUUUUUUUGUUGAACCAGACGCGAUGGGACCAAGUUUUGAGCCGACCAUUGAUGUGGCCAAAUUAAGAAGUCGUGAAAUGAAAUGGGUGCAUAUGAUGGAUAAUUGGCGUUAUUUCAUGGAUGAAAAGUAA